GUCACUCAUGAAAUGGUGGAGACGGAUUUGUUGACGUUGUUUUUCCCCUAUUUACGUUUUUUCCAUUAAUUAUUGGCCGUGUUAUUUUAACUUGUGAUUAUAGAUAAAAACCAGGAAUCAAGAUGAAUAUUUUACCAAAGAAAAGAUGGCAUGUAAGAACUAAAGAAAAUAUCGCAAGAGUCAGAAAAGACGAAGCAGAAGCCGCUGAAAAAGAAAAAGAAGAAAGGUUACGCAUAGAAAAUGCAGAUCGAGAAGCUCGGCUUAGCAUAUUAAAACAUAAAAGUAAACAAAAACUGCUCGAGUCUGGAAUUAGUGAUACUAAGCAGCAAGAGGAGGAAGUUGCAGGACAUAUAAAUUUAUUUACAGACCUUGAUCAUGCAGUAAAACGCACAAACAAAGACCAUGAUAAUGAAAUAAAAGAAAAAAAGGAAGAAUUUGAGAAAAAAAUUGGAUACUUAACAUAUCUUGGCCAAGACACAAAUGAAGCUCUUAAAAAGAAGAAUUGGUAUGAAGUGCCACCUUCAUCAAGGAUUUCACAAUCUAGUAGCAUAAAAGAUACAUAUGAGAAAUUAGUUCUCAAAGAUCAGGAUGGUAAACCCAAAAAAAAGGAAUUAGAUGUAAAAGAUGGCGAAAUUGAUUGGAAAGCAAAACAACGUCAUGAUCCUAUAAAUAACUUCAAAAAGUAUUGUACAAAUCAAGUAAAAACAUCUAUGGAAUCAAAAGAAUGUAAUGGAAAGGAAAUUAAACAUACAAGCAAUAAUAAAAUAAAUAAGAGUAAAAAGAAAUGUAAAAAUGAUAAAGAAUUAAAACUUAAAUUACUUCGAGAGGCUCGAAUCAAAAGAGAGCAGCAAGAAAAAUACAGAACUGAACUAUUCCUUAGUGGCCUUAACAACAAGACACCUGCUAGUACAAAUACAGAAACAAGUCCAAAUAAAGUUAAAGCAAAAUAUAACUCUCAGUUUAACCCAGAGUUAGCAAGACAAAACUACAGAUAAUACUUAUAA